GCGCGACCAACCUUGACCACAAAAAAAAACUGGACCCCCAACCCCGCCGCCUGAUCUUGCCCUGCGUCCAGUGCCGUGCCGAAACGGAAAAAUCUCAAGACAUGGCCCAGUCAAGAGGCGAUCACUAGCCGCCUUUUCCCUGGCAUCGACACCACCACGGGGCCUCACAGCCCGCCUCGGUCAGCCCUCCCAGCUCGAGCCUCGUGCAUGUCAGCUCCCUGGUGACCCGUAGUCCUCGCAAGGCACGCCGUAGAUAGCACCCGGCUUAUUUAAACCAUCAUCCCCCAUCGCCUCGCGUCGGGCUCGCAGCGCCCCUCCCACGGCCACCAUGUCUAAAGCCACCCUCGCAAUCGUUGCUGCCAUCAGUGCCGGCACAGGAGCCGCCGCCACUGCAGCCAUGUACUCUCUCCGCUCGCCGCGGGGCGCCGAGACCAAGGCGCCCACGGCCAGCAGCACCAGCAGCCAACCUAUUCCCAGUCCACCCCCACCAGCCGCCAUCCCAAAGUUCGGCCACCAGCAACAGCAACAGCAGCAGCCACUAGCCGCCACCACGGGCGGGCUCGUCGACCCGGCGGGGCUCUUCCAGUACGGGUUCCCGGGCCCCGUGGCGGACCUGGCGGCGCGACAGGCGCUCGUGUCGUCGUACGACCGGCGGCUGCGCAACCCGCACUGGGUGGCCGAGCACAUGACGGCGGCGUCGCUGGCCCAGCGCAGCGGCGACCGCAAGAACUCGGCCUUCGUCGAGGACCCGGCGGUGCCCGAGCAGUUCCGGGCGCGGCUCAAGGACUACUUCCGCUCCGGCUUCGACCGCGGCCACCAGGUGCCGGCGGCCGACUGCAAGUGGUCCCAGGCCGCCAUGGACGAGACCUUUUACCUGUCAAACAUGUGCCCCCAGGUUGGCGAGGGCUUCAACCGCGACUACUGGUCCCACCUCGAGGACUUUUGCCGCCGCCUCACGGCCCGCUACCCCUCGGUCCGCGUCGUCACGGGCCCGCUGUACCUGCCCAAGCGCGACGAGGCCGACGGCAAGUGGUACGUCAAGUACGAGAUGAUCGGCAGCCCGCCAAACGUGGCUGUACCCACGCACUUUUACAAGGUCAUCUUUGCCGAGGACGGCAAGGGGCCCGGCGGCAACGUGGCCCUGGGCGCCUUUGUGCUGCCAAACGCCCCAAUCCCAAACGACAAGCCGCUCGUCGACUUUGAGGUGCCGCUCGAGGCCGUCGAGCGCGUGUCGGGCCUCGAGUUCGCGUCCAAGCUGCCCGCCGGCCGCCGCAGACGCCUCUGCGCCGACGCGCCCUGCUCCAUCCUCGUCAAGGACUACUCGGACCGUCAGAGGGCGUUUGCCAAGGGCGGGCAGCCCAAGCUAGCGUCGCCCAAGGCCUGAGCUUCUUUCUAUUGCUAUUUCGCAUUCUUUUUUGUUUCUUGACUUGUGUCACCAAGGUUUUGUCCGCGCACGCAUUUUCAUCUCGGCCAAGAGGGGCGCAUAUGAUGGCAUCUGGGGGGCGUCUUGCAUACUUUUUAUUUCUGGUGACAAUUUUCACCUUUUCGCUUCCAAUUGCUUCUUCUCUCAAUGUCAGCAUCCUUUCUUUUCCUUCCAUUUCUUUGACCGACGCACACUUGCUGCGGAGAGCGUUACAUAUGCGCACCUACAUCAGACAUCAGACGGGGCGGAGGAGAUGGCUUUCCAGAAGGCGUUCAUUUGUGCUUUUUGAAGCUCGUGAAGCCCGCUUCUAGAUAGACGCAAAUUUUAAAUCUCAAGAUGGCAGAUGACGCUAG